ACGACCUGUAGCGCUUUUCCUUCCCCCCUCCAUCAUGGAAGGCUCCGCGGCCUCCUCCGAGGGCCUGCGCUAUGCCGAGUACGCCAGGAUCCCUACGGGCGCCGGCAGGGGCCAAGCCGAGCUGGACCGAGGGCUGGCCAGAACUAUGAUAGCUGUUGGACUUGGUGUUGCAACUGUUGCAUUUGCAGGUCGUUAUGCUUUCCACCUUUGGAAACCAUUGGAGCAGGCAAUUGCAGAGACAGCAAAGCGGAUUUCAACUUCUAGUCUUUCAUCAUACUAUAAAGGAGGAUUUGAACAGAAAAUGAGUAGGCGAGAAGCUAGUCUUAUUUUAGGUGUAAGUCCAUCUGCUGGCAAGGCCAAAAUCAGAACAGCCCAUAGAAGAAUCAUGAUUUUGAAUCAUCCUGAUAAAGGUGGAUCACCUUACUUAGCAACAAAAAUAAACGAAGCAAAAGACUUGUUGGAAUCCACUGCCAAAAACUGAAAUCCAAAGCCUCGGGUCAUAAGAAAUUCAGCAGAUACAUUGUGCAACAGCUUUCAUAUCUACUUGCUCUGCACACUUUCUUAACACUGCAUUGAUUGUUGCUAUUUAUUGUCAUAAUUAAAAUUUUAAGAUUAUUUAAAAGCAAACUGAAAUAUUUUACAGUUAUGUGAAGUUAUGUACAGUUAUGCUCCUGCAAGGAGCCGGGAGUUGGACUCGAUGAUCCUUAUGGGUCCCUUCCAACUUGAGAUAGUCUAUGAUUCUGUGUAUCAAUUUUAGUGUAUUUUUACUGAAUUAUGAUCCGUUACAAGCUUUGAAAAUGUUCUCCUACUGUCUGUGUUUUUCUUCAGAAGUAGUUCCUUCUUUCAUUGAACUUUUGGAGCUUUUUAAAAUUUAAAAAAUAGUCUUAAAUAUAGGGGGUUUUUUUCUUCAUUGAUGAAGACUUGACCGUUGCCGGAAAAUCUGUGACAAUGCAUUGAAUCACAGGAAGUAUGGCAGACCCCAUACAGCAAGUUUUCAGCAUCACCUUGCACUUGAAUCUGUUCAUUUGUGAAAUAGUAGGGUUCAUUCAUGAGUGCAGUUUGAGAGGUGCAACUCAGAACAAAAUGACUAACAGGACUACAGACUGCAGUUUCCAUUAGCUGUAUCUAUGGGGCUUGGAGAUAUGAAGGAAGAGUCUUGAUUUUGGCUAGGUUCUUUUGCAUAUUAAAAGAUCUCUGAAAUUGUCAAGUAAUUAUUUGGACACGCUUUUACUUCAAGUCACAGAGUACGUUUACUCUGUAGCAGCUGGGGUGGUGCAGGGGUUUUCAUGGCAGUGGGACUGAAGAAGGUAGGUCCACGUGGCAUGGAUUUUAUAGGCUGCGGUUGUCUAGGUCAGUCCAGUCAUGUCAGCCUGGUGUAGGACUGAUAUAGCAGGGAACAGACAGGACUGUACGCCUGAUGAUAGUCACUUUGCUUAUGGCUCUGGGUGGACUUACUGGGUUAGAUCUCCAGUAAUUCUCACAUCUCUGCAUUAUGCUCCAUUUCCUCAAGUAUCAUACACACCUCCUUGUAUAGCACCCUAGCAACCUGGUCCUGGCUUCGGGGAAUACUGAAGCCAUGGAUCUCUGGCUUUAAAGAGAACACAUUUUAAUGGACAGCUGAGAGUAGAUGCUAUUUGGGGCCCUUGGCUGCUGCAAAGUCCUACCAGUAAGUUGGCUGCAGAUGAAUUAACUCUCCUAAGAGGAUAAUGAUGAGAUGAGACACUCUAGUGGUGUGCUGGUUUUGGCUGGGAUGGGGUUAACUUUCUUCAUAGCAGCUAGUAUGGGGCUGUGUUUUGGAUUGUAUGGGGCUGUGUUUUGGAUUUGGGCUGGAAACAAUGUUGAUAAAGCAGGAAUGUUUUAGUUACUGCUGAGCAGGGCUCACACAGCACCAAGGCC